AAAGUUAUUUAAGAAAAAUUGAUUUCCAGUGGCGUCCUUUUGGAGGCCGUAUCUCCGUAGGGAGGGCCGCUAGGAAAACAAUUUAUGGCAACUUGUCAUCUUAUUUUUUAAUGUUCUAUCUGAAUCCGAAAGACCUCCCACAUUUCCCCGGACACCCUGUAUAAAUAUUUUUGUUUAAUCUAUUUCAUUUUAACUGGGACAUCUGAUGUAUAAAAUGAAUACAAUUUUGUAGAUAAUAUUCAUUAGUAUCCUAAUUAAAAAAUUUGCCGUAAAUUGGAAUGAACAAGAUUUUAAUUUUAUUUAGAAAGCAAACAUGGCAAUAAGCAUUUUAUAUUUGCCUAAAUUAGAAAAUCUCAAGCGAAUCAACAUUUAUAUUCUUCUCUAAUUUACGGUAAUUUUCCCUUUCGAGUUAAAAAAAAUAUAUAUAAAACUUUGCAGCACACAAAAGUGAUUGGUAGAUAUUAUUUCCAAAAUAGUACUUCAUUAGGUAUUUUGGUUGCAUCAAAAUUUCUAAUAGUGAAUUAUUGAUGAACCAAAAUAAAUAUGUAUUUCCAAUAAAAUUACUCGAAAAAACCUUCUGUAAGUAAUUUUGAAAAUUUCUGAAUGUUCCCUGUAUCUUCCAAAGAAAAUAUAUAUAUUUAAACAGUCGUUUAUAUGUGUUUAGCUUCUAAGAAUAUAAUUACUGUUUUUGAGUGCCAACAUUUUGUCGAAAUAUUUCCGAUAUAAUAUGUCAUUUAAUAUAUUUAAAUGUUGUAUGUUUAGUUGUCAGUUAGCGUUAAUUUUUUGCGAUUUGUUACUGGAAAAUAAACAAAAACAUGCAACCUCAUAGCGAUAUGUUUCAUGAUUGAACAAACCCAAAAUUUUUAAAUCUAUAUAACAAAACCACCAAUGGACAAAAGAUAUAUUAGAAUAGCCACUUGGAAUACCAGUGGUAUUCUCCAAAAACAAACUAAUAUCCAAGUUUUCAUGGAUGUACAAAAAAUAGAGUCUUACAUUACAUUCAGAGGAUACAACUUCCAUCAUACUAUCUACCCAUCUUAUGCAGGAAGUGCAUUAUUAAAAACUAUAAAGAACCAGACAUUCAAGAACCAGUAAAUCAGUUCCAUUAGCACCAUUAACACUAAGGGUGCAAAAUUACAAUAGCUGCAAUCUAUUGCCCACCAAGACAGCCAAAAAAAAAAAGAAAAGUAUCUUAAUGUACUCACAAAACUAGGUAACAAAUUUAUAAUCGGUGGAGAUUACAACUCGAAAAAUACCAUAUGGGGUUCACGAUUAACCACAGUCAGAAGAAAAGAAUUGCACUGAGCUGCAUCAGAACUUUGUUGUACAUAGCAAUAUUCUGAAAAACCCACUUAUGGGCCCACUAACCCAAAUAAGAUUCCAAACCUUCUGGAUUUCUUUAUUCUGAGACAAAUUUCACCAAACUAUAGACAAGUGGAAAAAACUUUGAACUUAACAAAUACUAUUCAACUGAUCAUAACACUAAAAACGAAAAAUCAGCUGGAUAAAGAACUGGAAAGGUUUAUAUUGCAAUCCAGCAAGCUGCAUGGAAGAACGCACCAAAAGUAAAAAGUAACUGAAAAAACUACCCUGUGGAGGUAAGAGAAAUGGUAGCAGAAAAACAAAAACUAAGAAAGAAAUGGCAGAUAACAAGAUAACCAGAAGAUAAAAAUAAAUUAAAUAGAACUACUGAAAGACAGGUAGACGGGGCAGAUGCCCGGUGGUUAGGGGGUGACCACGCCAGGGAAGAGAAAGAACCAAAAAUCACUUUGACAAAAUCACUAAGUGAGACAAGAUGCUCUCGAAAGCUUAGUACGGGGAUACAAAGAAAUAAAACAAGCCUGGCUCAGGACGUUUCCCAAAAACCAGAAACAAGAGUAUCCGCAAAGGAAUUUAAAAAGAAAAUGGGUCAACUAGAAACAAUCAUUAUUUUCAUAGAUUAGAAUGAUAAAUUGGAUAGAGUAGAUAAGACCAGCAACAAACUUCAAAAAGAAGAUUUGGACCUUCUUUCCGCCAAUAAAUAAUUACAAACCCUAUAAACUUAUUUAAAUAGCAAUAGAGAAUCUUUUGAUGAAUACGAAAAGAAAGCAUUGGCUCUUUGUAAUAUAGACAGCGUCAAUUAUCAACGCAACAGAACACGUAAAUGAUUUGCAGAUGAAAAUAGGGACAGCAAUGACAAAUUUAAGAAAUACAUUUAGAACUAGUGUUUACAUCAAAAUCAUCGACAACAUAACUGGUCAACUUAGACAUCGCAUGGAAAGCUACUCUUCUCUCGGUACUAGAUUUGAAAUUUUUAAAGACCUUCACGACAAAGAUCCACAUAAGAUCAACGUAGAAGCAAAGAGGCUAGCUGAAUUGUAUCCAAAUGAUCUUGACAUUGAUUAUCUUAUCAAUAAGUGCCUACACUUCCAAGGGUACAUGAAAUUCGAAAACAUUAAAUAUUUAAAAGAAUGUUUUGCUUACAUUAGCAAUAAUGAUUUAAAAAGUACUUUCCCGAACCUGAAAAUUGCCAUGAGAAUAUUCUUAACUAUUCCCGUAACAAGCUGUUCUGCAGAAAGAGGAUUUCCCGCUCUUAACAGAAUAAAAAGUGAAAUGAGAUCUACUAUGGGAGAGGGAAAACUGAACAGCCUAAUGAUUUUAUAUACGGCAAGUGACGUGACUUCCAAUGUAGACUUAAACAGUAUUUUUUUUUUUUUUAAUUUGGUGUCAUCGGCGUCGACUACUACGGCCAUUAGCCUCGUGUUCUGUGUAGGCUUUGUUACUGUUUCCCAGCGCCACUUUAGGAACAGCACUGUUAAUUAGAACCCAACAGUGAAUGGUCGAGUGGGGAAUCCUACCUAUGCAUUAGAAUUAAUAUUUAAUUUUUUAAUUAAAUAAAAAUUCCUGCCACCGGUGGGAUUCGAUCCUGAGACCUUCCGAUCUCAGAGUCAUGACUCUAACCACUGAACCAACCCACCCCCCCCCCCCCCUUAAACAGUGUUAUUGACGAAUUUGAUAGAAUGAAAUACAGGAAAAAAGCAAUGUUUUAAUAAAACUUACAAAGAACAGAGACAUCGUAAUCGAUGGUCAAGAUAAUGUACCAAAUAAAAAAGGAGAACAUUGUAAUUAGUUGUAAAUAGAUGUAAAUAUUUUUGAAUAAUAACGACAAACGGUUUUGUGGUAGGUGGGUGGUCCGUGAUGCUUUAAACACUUGGCAUAUUGAGGAUUUAUAGACUUUUCCUCUUUGUGCAAGAACUACCUCAAUGCGUCAAAAUUAUUUAUUAGCUACCGGUUUCUAGUCCGGAACACGGCGCAUCCAUAGGUGAUGAAUAAUGGGACGACUUUCUUUGAAGAUUCAAGGGAUAUGAAAAACUUCCUCCUAAAUCAAAACUGGUAAAAAAAUGUAACAGUUAUAUAUGAGGGGGCGCUGCUUUUGGGUUUGCCCAGGGCGCCACUGACCCUUAACGCGGCCCUGCUGAAAGACUGAGAAGAGAAAUCUUAAAUCACAAAAAAGAAUCCUUUAACAGAUACCUAGUAGGGCUAACAGAUGAUAAAGAAACUGAUUAUUCGCUCUGGAAGGCAUCAACUAAAAAGAUAAAAAUUCGUGUAACCAAUGUCCUCUCCUAUCAUAAUAGCCGAUAACAAAUGGGUAAGAGACUAUCAACAGAAAGCUGAUAUUUUCGAUGACCACCUACAAAAGACGUUCCAAUUAAAUGAAAAUGAAAUCACUCCUAACGAGACGAUCCAUAAUUUGGAACAACUUAAAAUUAGGCUAGAUAAUAUCCCCAAUGAAGUUGAGGAUGAAAUUAAGAAGAAAGCUCCUGGAUGUGACCUUAUUACUGAAGAAAUAUUAAAGAAACUGCCACGGAAGGCUUUAAAUAUUGACUUACCUCAUAAAUGCAGCAUUUCGCCUUAAAUAUAUAACAGAUGCGUAAAAAAUGGCUGAAGUUACAUUUAAUUGAGUUAAGUUUAAGUUUAUUAUUAUUACAUCAUUCAACUACUAGAUUUAAGUUCAUGUGAAGUUGUUCACAGCCGCCAAUACUUGUCACACGCUUGUACAACUUCAAAUCAUCUGCUCAUUAAUUACACUGGAGAUAUCAUUGAUGAAAACAUUAAAUAGUAGCGGGUCCAGAUUGGAACCCUGAGGAACUCCAGAUGUUGUAGCAAAUUUAACAGACUUAAAUCCAUUAAGCCAUACAAACUGAGUACGAUUUACUAAAUAACACCGAAAGAGAUUUAUCAAAGGGGGAGACAACCCAAACCCUGUAAUUUUUCCAAGAAAAAUACCGUAGUCAAGUCUGUCAAAUGCCUUGGAGAAAUCUGUGAAGAUGACAUCCGCCUGGGCACGCUCAUCAAUAGAUUCAGCAAUGUAUUGUGUAACGGUAACCAGGUUGGUGGCUGUUGAGCGACCUUUCAUAAACCCAUGUUGAUUGACUGAUAGCAUUUUACUAACACAAUAAAAUUUCAAAUGUUUUGGAGAAAUUGCAUAUUAUAGAUAUUUGUCUGUAAUUGGUUAUAUCUCUUUUAUCCUUUUUGAAAACAGUACAUACUUUUAAGGUCUUCCAAAUAUCUGGAACUGUUGAUGUCCUGAGGCAUAUAUUUCUAAGGGUGGCAAACGGAGGGGCAAGCUGGAAGGCGCAAUCCUUUAAAAUGAAAGUUGAAAUAUUAUCUGGACCAGUUGUCUAUUUAGGAUUAAUAGACUUUAGAGCUUUAUAUACCUCUUUUUCGGUAAAACUAUUGAUAUUAAGGAAAGGAAUAUUAAGUCGUAAAUUUCAAUUAGCAAUAAACGGGCUAGAGGUAAUAUAUGACUGAAGAAGUCAGCAAAUCCAUUGAGAAUACCUAAUAGAGUUUUCAGUGAAUUGUUGUCAUAAUACAUUAUUUGAGGGGAUUUGGAUUGUGAUUUCUCACUAUUUAUAAAUGCCCAAAAUUUACUUGAAUUACUGGAUAUCUCUUGUUCAGUUUUUUUUUAAUAUAUGCUCUGUAAAAAUGUCUAUUUCUAAUUUUAAAGCAGCCCUUAUACGUUUGAAGUCUUUAAAGGCUUCUUAAUCAUUUUCUCGUUUGCAUUUUUCCACAAAUUAGUUUUGACGUGUAACUGAUUGAUUAUUUUUCUAUUAAACAAUGCUGGAUAUUUGUUUUGAGGCUUGCAGGAAAAUUUGGAACAUUUAUUAAGAAUAUUGUGUAAUUUUCCAUAAAAGUAUGUACAAGCGUCUUCUGCAUUAUUAAAGGCUU